AACGAAAUGGCUUCCCCUGUUAGUCCCAUCUCCCUCCCUCCCUAUCCCCAGCCGCACGUGGCCAAGACCACGCCCUCGUCCUCACGCGACGCCGCGAGCCACCACUUGAUGUCAUACUCUGAUCUGGAGCACGUCCGCACACUCGCAGACGGAUGGCAACGUUCUCUCGAUGUGAGUAGGCAGGCCACGGGAGAGAGAGGGCGGCAAGAGGGAUCACCGAGAAACUCAUGCGGAUUUGCUUGCCUGGUUGUUUGUUUGUUUGUGUCAGACGUGCAUCGAGUACUGGGAGGCGGGUCUGCAGGAGGAGGCGGGCCAGAUGCUCUCCAAGACCAAACAGGAGAUGGACUUGUUCUUCGUAAGCACCCAAACACACACACACACAACACACCACACAAGAGUGAGCACCUGUUGCUGUUGUGCGUUAAUUGCGCAGGAGGAGGUGACGAAAGCGACACCGUGGGAGCACGUGUCGACCCCCAAGAGCGGCGUCAUCAUCGAGGACGCCUCCGAAGACAAGACCAUCCGCGAGUCCAACACCUGCCGAUACAUUCUCAACCUAUGCCCCAUGCCACAAGCGGCAGACGGGCGACGCCGUCCCAGGGGCGGCAAGGGCCCACGGGCGAUGCACCCGGUCUUCCAGGACGAGGCGCUCGUGGACAUCCUCAGUGCCCUCUGCCAGCGGCUCAAUGCUUGCCCCGUCCUCGCAGAGAUCCGCCUUGCGGAACAGGCAGACGAGGAGAUGCUCCUGGAGGAGGCCAAGGCAGGCGUGCGCAACGAGGAGACCCCCGAGACCGCCGACACGCCGUCCCAAUCCUUUGUGGCCGAUGGGGCGGGCGGGCCGCCAUCGCCGCAGCUUGACCCCUUUGGAUGGGAUCACCGGAUGUGCGAGGCGGAGAGCGAGGCAGAGGAGUUCCGGGAAGGCGGCUUCCGGCUGAUUCGGCCGAUCCGCGGGUGCGACGAGGACAGGGAGCGUCGUGAGGGGUUGGAGGAUCUGGAGCGGCUGAUCGGCGAGGUGGAGUGGCUGCUCGAGGCGGAGCAGGUGACGCUGGCCUACAAGCGGCUGCAGGCCCUCAAGCGGCGGACCGUCGAGCACCUCAAGAAAACGGGCGGCGGCACACCCACCCCCUCUUACACCUUCCUCUCGACGAGCCAUAGCCAGCCGCCCUCGCCCACCCUGUCAUACGGCCAUGACGGAUCCCCACAGCACAGCCCCACCCACCACGGCAGCACGCGACGGCGAAGGCCCAACCUGCGGUCGCAGCUGGAGCGGCUGGGCGUGGCAGGGGCGCACAGGAAAGUGCUGGACGAGAACACUGUCAAGAGGCUCAACUACCGGAUGGCCCGCAUCGAGGGGGUCAACGAGCUCAUGAUGGCCUCGCCAACCGACCAGGCUUGGCGGGCCGUCUCCCACGACGCAUACGACUUCAGGUGAGCAAGAGAGAGAGGAGAGGAGAAGACACAUCGAUGACAGGGAUGGGAUGGAUGUGCCUGCUGGGCGUCCGUCCACUCUGUGUGUAUGUUGGGUAUGUAUGUUGCAGAUGGCGUUUUGACGAGGACGGGACGGCGAUAAUGAUGAUUGAGGGUGUGCUCAACUCGGACCUGUUUUCGAUCAUGUGUCUCAUCUACGAGUGCGACUACCACAACAAGUGGCUGCCAUUCCUCACCGAAUCGUCCACCUACCACAUAGUCGGACGCCUGCAACAAAUCGUGGUCCACGGGUCAGUGAGCCAGCCAGGCCACACAGACACACGCACACCCACCCCCUCCAGUAGCGACCUGCCUGCCUGCCUGGCUGCUUGCCUCAAUCAGAUAUGCGCUGCCGUGGCCGUUCGAGCCGCGUGAGGCCGUGGCUUAUGGGUUUGGCACAAACGCGCUGGAGGACCCCGACUUCCACUGCGUCAUGGUGGUGGCGUGGAGCGUGCCCAACGAAAAGACCUACUGGGACGCACCGGUGCCUGGCGCGAGGGACGGCGUCAUCAGAAUGAAUGUGUAAGCCCUUAAGGCACGACAAGGAAGGCAGUGAAGUGAGUGAGCAUUGCACCUCCACGCCUCCCUCCUCGUGUGUGUGGGUGUUCAGUGAGCAUUUUGCGUACUACUUUUACCCCGAGAGUGAGAAGUCGACUCGCAUGAAGGUACUGCUCAAGAUCGACCCCAAGAUCGCAUUCGUCCCACUGUGGUAAGUGUGGGCAGACACACACAGACACACAGACAGACACACAGAGAGGGUCAGAGAGCAGACUGAGACGCGCCAGACCUCUCUGUCUGGUUUGUGUGGCUGUAUGUGUGUGCAGGUUGCAGAACUACAUAGCCCGCUUCAUCUGCCAGUGGAUGUUCAGAAACAUCCUCAAGUACGUGGCCGCGCGCAGAGAGGCUUCCAGGAACACAUACGCGCCCACAUGUGUGUCUCUGUGUGUCUUUUUUGUGUGCCUCUGUGUCUUUUUCCCUGUCUGCUAUAUAUAGGUGCAUCAAGAACUUCAAGGGCAGCGUGUGGGAGAAGCGGAUGAAGGAGCGGCCAGAGGUGUACGAGUGGAUCAGGCGGGAGGUGCAGAAGUUCUACGAGAGCGACACAUUCAAACAGAGGAAAUGUGCGGCAGCCAGCACAGACACCAAGGGCAAAGGGGGCAGGUAGGAAGGGUUAUAUUAUUGACGGAGGAAAUUGACCAACCAAGGAGGGAGUGAGGGAGGGAGGGAGGGAGGGAGUGGGUCGCUGGUCGGUAGGUCGGUGGGGGGUGGGUGGUUUUCCUCCUUUCAGUUCGUUUCACACACAUUCCAUACGCACACUGCUGCUGGUUUUGAUGAUGAUGAUGAUGAUUUGUGAAGGUUGCGUGCCCAUCCCCAUCCUUCCGUCCAUCUUGAUCAAAGUGCUUUGUGUGUCCCAUGGUGCCUGCCUGCCUUCCUGCCUGUUCGCACAGGGGUACCACUACAGUUGCUACGCGCCUUCUGGCCAGCUUAGCUGUGAGUGGUACGCUUAUGACCGACCCAUCCAUCAGAUCGACCGAUACCCAAUUCAUAGAGUGAGCCUUUGCUUUUGCCACGUGUCUGUCCAAGUGAGUGUAGUGUGCCGGUUCAGUCGUGUUGCGUUCGUUCGUCGUGCUGCGGGGCUGUCAAGCGUGAGUGCUUUGUCUCACCUUUUUCAAUGCCUGGAUGCCACUGUGAAUGGAUGCAAUGAUUGGAAUGGAAUGGAAUGGGGUGUAGUGAAGGUGGGUGAGGGAGAUGUGAGAGGGGGGCUGUGCGGGGUGGGGGGAAGAGGCUGUGUUGUGGUAUGGUGAGACGGGGUGGUGGUCACUUGAAUCUGCGAGUGAGCUAACCAGCCAGCCAUAGUGGGUGGACGCGAUGCAGUGUCGAUGGAUGGCAUGGGUCUGAAUUUAGAGUGUGUGACGUUGCGUGGGUUCAGUCGUUCCCUGGGUCAAGGAAGGAAGGAAGGAAGGACGGACAGCCAGGCAGUGUUAGACAGUCAGCCAGGUCCGGUCUGCUUGCUGUGUGCGUCGUUUUGUAUCUCAUGACAUACAUGCAUGUAUGUUCGAUCGACAUGGUACCUAUCGAUUUGUGCACUGUGUGCAAUGCAUUGCAUGUACCUAUCAAGAUCGGAAAAAUACCUGUCUGACAUGACAGCCAGC